AGAAACCACCUUCUGAAGGAGGCAGAGAUAUUACACAAAGCCAGGUUUAGUUACAUUCUGCCGAUUUUGGGAAUUUGCAACGAGCCUGAAUUUCUGGGGAUAGUGACAGAAUACAUGACAAAUGGGUCAUUAAACCAGCUUUUACAUGGGAAAGAUGUGUAUCCUGACAUUCCUUGGUGCCUGAGAUUCCGCAUUCUUUAUGAAAUUGCUUUGGGAGUGAACUAUUUGCACAACAUGAAUCCUCCAUUGCUGCAUCAUGACUUGAAAACCCAGAAUAUUUUGCUGGAUGAUGAAUUUCAUGUCAAGAUUGCAGAUUUUGGCAUGUCAAAAUGGCGUGUCAUAUCCAUGUCGCAAUCACGAAGUGAAACCUCUUUGCCAGAAGGAGGGACAAUUAUCUACAUGCCACCUGAAGAAUACAAUCCCAGUCAGAAAACCCGUGCAAGUGUAAAACACGAUAUCUACAGUUAUGCAAUUAUAAUGUGGGAAAUCAUGUCAAGGAAACAGCCAUUUGAAGAAGUUAUAAACCCCUUGCAGAUAAUGUAUAGUGUGUCACAAGGACAACGGCCAGACUUAAGUGAAGAAAGUUUACCAAUGGACAUUCCUCAUCGAGUACUCAUUCUAAGACUGAUAGGAAGUGGCUGGGCACAAAAUCCAGAUGAAAGACCAUCGUUCUUAA